UUAAGUCAAGAAGAGAUCAAAGUCCGUGCAUGUCACGCGGACAUUCGCACCGCGGGCACGUGCGCCGUGCGUGGAAUGCUCGGUGACGCGCGUGCGUGGAGGUGUAGCGGUUAAAAGUAGCAUCUUUCCACGGAUGGAGAGCGUGAAGUCUGCACAGCAACAAGCGCGCGCGCACACAUACACACGCACACACACUUACCAGCUGCUAGCUUGAGUGUGUGUGUGUGUGUGGGUGGGUGUAAGAGGGGGGGUGUUUGGUCCAGCUGCUGAUUCUCGCUUCUCUCAGCCUUGCGGAUCCCAUAAACUGUUACCGGUACCGAGCCCGGACCACGCACCGAACCGUGCAGCCCGCGCGCUCCACUGCCACCGCAGCAAUAAUAGGCAUGGAGCUGCUGGAGGAGGACCUCACGUGCCCGAUCUGCUGCUGCCUGUUUGAAGACCCGCGCGUGCUGCCCUGCUCUCACAGCUUCUGUCGACGCUGCCUCGAGGGCGCGCGGGACGGCGGAGGUGGCGGUGAAAACCGGAGGACUCAGCGGUCGCCUUUCAGAUGCCCUACGUGCCGCAAGGAGACCGCUCGCGACGGCGUGUCGAUCCUGCAGGUGAACUACGCGCUGCGCAGCGUGGUGGAGAAGUACGGCGAGAUCCGCCGCGCGCUUCCCGGGAUGACGUCGGCUGCACCUGCUGUUCCGUCCGCUCCGUAUCUGCCGACGACCACGACGCCCGAGACCACGAGCGAAACCACGUCGUCAACAGCAUCACUUUCGUGUCGCGCGCAUCGCGACCAGCCUCUUAACAUCUACUGCGCCACCGACCUGCGCCUCAUCUGCGGCUAUUGCGCCACGGCGCGCGAGCACCGUGGCCACCGGCUGUGCGCGCUGGACGAGGCGCACGAGCGCGAGCGUGCCGCCUUCGAGGAGCUCCUUCGCGGUGCGGAGAGCUGGCCAGGCACGGAGGCGGCGCUCGCACGGCUGGAUGCGCUGGAGGCGGCUCGAAGGCGCGCGCUUCAGGCGGUGUCACGAGACGCGGAGCGCGGCUCCGACUACCUGGAGCGGGCGUCGCGCACCCUCGAGCACAAGCGCGCGGAGAUCGCGGCAGACUUCGAGUCGCUGAAGCUCGCAGUGAUGCAGAGCUACGAUCCGGAGAUCGGGCGCCUGCGCGCAGCUUUAGAGGAACGGCGGCGCGCGCUGCGUGUGGCGGAGUCCCUGCGCACACUCUCCGAGCCGCUCGCUUUCCUGCGGCGUAUGCAGGACUUCCGAGAGGCGCUGCGUGCCAUAGAUGACAACGCGCCGCUGCUGUCGGCGCGCUCGGACGCCGACUGGGACCCGGAUGGCGCUCAGCCUCUCUUGCCCGCCUUCGACGUCAACGAGUGGGACCGCGUGCGCCUCGGAGAUCUGGACUCGCUGCGCGGACCGCACGAGGGCGGUGCGCUACUGCUCCGGAACCCCGCCCCUCACCCCUCCUCCUCCUGCUCUGCCGGCGGAUUCUCUCGCGCACUGUGGAGACUGGCGCUGCUGCUUCUGCCUUUACUGCUGCUGCUAUUGCUGCUGUGCGCAGGCGCAGGCGCUCCUGCGCUCAGGCUCCUGCCAGCGGCGGACAGCUUCUUCGGUGACGUCAGCGCCUGCGGAGAGCUGGUGCGUUGGAUGACGGCGCGCGCAACGGAGGCGGCGGAGCGCGGAAUGAGCCUAAUGACGGAGCUGCUUGACACGGCGGCGGACUUCCUCAGCUGAGCACAAACAUCUGCCCUCCCCCACCUCCCCCUAAUUAACCACCCCCCCACCCCAGACCUGCCUAUCUCCCUUUGAUUCAGUGCAGGAGUGUGUAGAUGCGUGUAUUACACUGUAAAAUCAGGUAUAGUCUGCACUACAGAACUGUUGAAUAACAGCAACAGUGAAUGUAAUCACAGUGAUGAUACCUAAAAUUACAGUUAACAACAUUGCUGUGUGUGUUCGAAGUUAUUUUCUGUUUAUUUAAUUAGGAACAGUUUCAUUUGGUGUCAUAUACCAUAUGCACAGUGCAGUACUGUGCAUAUAUUUUAGGCCCCUUAAUCACAAUAUUUAAAAUCACAUUGAGUUUUUGUUAAAACAAAAAAAUAUUCAGGUCACUGUAGAACAGAACAAUUUGAAAGAAAUACAAGUGUUUUAUUUUGUAGAAAAUAGUUGGGAUUGUGUGAGAAAGUCUGAUGACUUCCAAAUUUCUUCCAGAAGCCCCCAGCCAGUGUGUUCAAUUGCAUCACCAGCUUAACUUAUCUUAGCUUUAGCCUCCUUAGGCUCUGAUGUAACAAUUUAGGUGUUGAUAUGAUAAUAAUUAGAACACACCCAUGAGGAAAUCUUUGAAGAUGUUUUAAAUAACACAUGGAUAUUUUAUUAGUAUUGCACUGAGUGAAUAAACAGUGUCAUAUAAGGAUAUUUAAACAUAACUCUAAAACUUUUAAACCGUAUAUAUUAGGGAUGUAAUGGUACUCAAAAGUCAAUGUUUAAUUUGUAUUGCAGAUUGGAUAUUACAGUUAGUUCUGAUUAUAGUGUAAAGUACAAAAACAUAAAACUAACCCAGGUUUCUUUUAAUUGAAUUGGAAUGAACAAUUGAACAAGUUACAGGUUCUUCCAUCAGGUGCUGUAUAACACUCCAAAGGAUGUAGUGGGUUAAUUUAAUAAACAUUAGCAUGUUUCCACACACACAAAAACACUGAUAUCCAAUACAACAUGAUUUCACCCGUUUAAAUAAGAUGUCAAAAUAUUGGUGAAAUACUUGUUUAUUUUCAGUCCUUUCAAAUCAGUGAGAAAAAUUUAGUAAGCGAUAAAGACACUCAAGUCACUCUCUACACUUGGCAGCAAGAGGGAGAUAGAGGGGAGUGAAAGUGAGAGGGAGGAGGUAAGGGGGAUAGUGAAAUUACUUCAUUUAACUUAAUUACCCUUAAUACCUUAUACCACCCAAAACUGCAUACACCGACUGGUACAAAUUACCAUAAGUACCACAAAGUACCAUUACACCCCUAAUGUACACUGAACUAACAACUAAAGUUGACCACUGACUUUUGCCAUGACCUAUGGAAGCUACAGAACGCUGCACUGACCUGCUUGUGAGUGUUGGGCCUUUAUAUCAAAAUAUCGCUUUUUUUUUUUGCACAGAAGAUUCUAGCCAGAUGACACUGUUCACAAUUGUUACCACCCACUGCACUGUCUACUGUGGAUGAUAAUGCUCUUAUCAAAUGUUACAUUUCUACACAACUUCAGAAAUGGCAUGUCCUAUCUGAUACCCACUAUAUCAGAUCUACACACAAACACAAUUGUUGACAUGCAUAUUUGUUUCUCAGAUGUACCUUAAAAUAAAUGGUAAUUACCAUGUUUUAAGUUUGUUGCUACAAAAGGAAGCAUUUUGCCUCUGCUUUCAGUAACACUAAACUGAAAACUAUUUUUUUUUUAUAGUGUACAAUACAGUAGCUUUGCCUCUGUGUGUGAGAAAGAGUGUGAAGGGAAAUGAGUCACAUGCACAGUCAGCUGUGUGUUUUUUUUACUGCUGAUGUGUGUUAGUGCUGAUUAGUCUAGGUUUAAUUCGGUUGGUUUAAAGUUUAAUUUCUGAAGCCAAACAAAACCACACACACAUUUUAGCCCAAAUUUUGUCCUAAUAGCUAUUUCCUAAAGGUGACUUGAAUUUUAAGACCCUUCCCCCUUUCCCUUUCCACACACUCCUUGGUGCCCUCUGAAGGUGAAGUGUUACGUAAUCCUGGAUAGCAGAAUAAGCGCGGGAAUGCGAAAGAACACGCGCGUGCUGUUUACAUUAUUAAAAACAGUGUACAGAAAUAUUCUACAGAGUAAAUUAAACAGAAGCGUAACUACACCGGUGCAGAGAGAGAGGGAUAAAUCUUUUCUUGCACACACACACGCGUGUCAGGUUUUAGUCUGGUGCUUUAUGUCCGUGAUGCUCCUCACAGUUAUAUAAGCUUCACCCUCAGCUCCUAUAGGAUCUGCUCUGCUGCACACACACGCGCGAGGACACACGAUAUCGAGACAUCAGCUCUGUCAGAAACGCUGAAACAGUUUCUUGCACAUGCAAACGAAACGACCGCC